AUGAUCGUGGACUCGGCCUGUAAACCAUUUGAGUGGCGUCUCGUGCAGUCUCACACUGUUCGAGCCGUGCGUGAGCAUCGGGCUGGCGGUCUCAUCGGCGAGUGUAUUCAUGAAGCUCGACCCAACUCGGUCUGGAUGAGGAUGCGAGUUUCUCAAGAUGCGAACAUAGCUGCUCAUUCCACCUCACUCAGUCGCAUGAGAACUACCAACACAACCACCAAUACUGACCAACAUCCACCAACAAUGGCAUCCAAUAUCCCUUCCGCUGCUCGCGAUCCUGCUGUACCUUCUGCGGAUGGCACAUGCGACUUCUACAAUUUGCCUCGUGAGCUGCGCGACGAAGUCUACAGCUUCGCUUUCGCGGGUCAGCGAGUCAUGCUCGCUCCAGCCGUUGGAGCUGUAAUCGGUCGUCCAGUCUACCACACUGUGUCAAAGCAAUGGCAUCAGGAAGCGAUGCCGAUAUUCCUUCGCCAAGUCACCGCGGUCAUAGGAUUGAGAAGUCAAUUGAAAAAGUGCAUAGAGGCAGCUGAGCGGAAGAACAACAUCGCCGACAUGGUUCUGGUGCUUCCAUGUGGAGACUUACGCUGCGACAACUCCUGCGGCAGCGCGUACAGGUUGCCCCAAUAUAACGGCACGAAGAGGCUAGAAAACUGGAUUACCGACACGCGUAACGAGGCAGCAGGACUGGCUGAGAUUCUGACGCCGUGUGCGAGACUGAAGUGCCUGGCAGUCCAAACGCAUUGUGGCUGGAUUAACGCCUUUCGCAAAUGGGUUCAGGAGGCAGAACAUGCACCACACACCCAAGGUCUCAUGUAUUUGAUCAACGAGCUGCUCAUCCAGCUCGAACUUCUGGAAGGCGUCAGUGUGACAUUCCGCCGAUCAAUACAUAAGGACGACACAUACGACACGGCUCACGAUGAGAUUUUGAGAGAUGACGUUCGAGUUCUGGAGAAACACUUCAACAAGAGCUCGGCGUCACCGCGCACAUGA